GAGCCCGAUGAACUUUCCCCUUUCAAAGCAAGGACGGACUCGGCUAUCCCCAGUAACUCUUCUUUUCACGGACGUAGAGAUAGGAAAAAGGAGAGAUAUAUGACUCAAUAGUCGUCCGUGAAGGGGUUAACGCAGAAAGACUUACGGCAAUACCACUUAAGUCCAUCGGUGCCCGUAUACACCACGACAUAAAUAACUCAUCGUCAACGGUACCUACUAUGCAGAUACCUCCAACAUAUAGAGAUACCGCAUUACCAUGGCUACCCAACAACCCCAAAAAGUGACCUUCCUGUCCCACGGGAUCACCCUAGUUGGCGAACUCUACGCCCCCUCUCCAGGCACCCCAACAUCUCGCAACACCGCCGCCAUUGUCAUCGGUCAUCCUGCCUUUGCCGUAAAAGAACAAACCGCUGCUACCUACGCCCGCCACCUCUCCGCGGCAGGCUUCCACGCCCUCACCUUCGACGCCGCCUACCAAGGCGAAUCCGGCGGAUCCCCGCACGGCCUCGAGAACCCCUUCCAGCGCGCUGAAGAUGUCCGCGCCGCAGUGUCGUACCUAACUACCCUGGAUUCCAUCGACCCCAAGCGCAUUGGCGCACUGGGCAUCUGCGCGUCGGGCGGGUACGUCCCCUUCGCCGCGCAGACAGACACGCGGAUUCGGGCCGUGGCCACAGUGAGCGCAGCCUGCAUGGGCAGCGUCCUGCGCGACGGGCUGCAGCCCAAAGGCGCAAUCACACGCGCCCAACUCACUGAGCAGCUCGCCGGCGCAAACGCCCUGCGCAGUCUCGAAGCUGCCGACGGCGAAGCACGCAUAAUGGAGUUCUUGCCGAAGGAGCGCAGCGCUAUUCCCGCAGAUGCGCCGCAAUUGCUCAGUGACGGCUGGGACUACUACCGCACGGCACGAGGCGCACAUCCGCGGAGCACGGGGACGUGGGUUGCGCGGAGUAUGGAUCUGUGCGCGAAUUAUGAUAGUUUCCAGUUUGUCGACAUGAUCUCGCCGCGGCCGCUGCUGAUGGUUGUGGGCGGAGAAGCGGAUACGAAGUACUUUAGUGAGAGGGCUGUGCAAAGGGCGGGGGAACCAAAGGAGUUGUUUAUUGUGGAGGGGAGGGGGCACGUUGAUUUGUAUGACGAGUUGAGUGAGAGUGGGCCGAAGCUUGCGGGGUUCUUUGGGCAAUGGUUGAAAUAGGAUUGGGUGGGGAUGUGUGACUUGGAGAGGGAGGGAUAAGUGAACCAGAGGGAAACGAAAGGGGUGGUAGGGAAGGUCAAGAUGGAGAUGAAGGCAGUAGCAGCAGCAGCAGCAGCAGCAGCAAAGAAAGAUAGAGGGAGGGUAGAUGGUGGCAGAAAUGGAAGUGUAUAAGAGGGGAUUGGGUCGAAGGAGUGGGAACAAAAAGCGAGACAUAUGGUCUCUUUGUUUUUGAUAUAACUGGAAGGGUUAAACAUCUAGAGCAAGAGCACGAGGGCGAGGGCUGAGCCUGGGUUGUCUGGGCGAGGCGGUAGGAUUGGCGAUGUCGGAGCUGGAGGGUACGUGCAAAAAGAACAGCAUACGAGUUGAUCUGAGGAGACAAGGCAGGAACAAAAAGCGAGGGACA